AUCUCUCUUUCUAGAAAAGAAAGAAAGAAAUGUCCUCUAAGUCAGAGAAAAGGUUAAAAACAGAAGCCAAACCUUCAAACAUGACAGAAAAACCUCCAGAACGAGGCAGUGAAGAGGAGGGUAUGUUCCAGAUUGGGAAGAUGCGUUAUGUCAGAGUGUCCUGCUUCAAGGGGAAGGUCCUCGUGGACAUCAGGGAGUUCUACACUGACAAGGAGGGCAGCAUGAAACCGGGGAGGAAAGGUUGCGCGUUCCUCACGUACUGUGCCAGAGACUCUGCCAUCAAAGCCCAGACAGCACUGCAUGAACAGAAGACUCUGCCAGGGAUGGCGCGCCCGAUUCAAGUGAAACCCGCAGACAGCGAGAGCCGUGGAGGGGACAGGAAACUCUUUGUGGGCAUGUUAAAUAAGCAGCAGUCUGAGGAUGACGUGCUCCGGCUCUUUGAACCAUUUGGAGUCAUUGAUGAAUGUACCGUGCUCCGUGGACCUGAUGGUAACAGCAAAGGCUGUGCUUUUGUAAAGUUCUCAUCUCACACAGAGGCUCAGGCAGCAAUCCACGCGCUCCAUGGCAGCCAGACAAUGCCCGGCGCCUCCUCCAGUCUAGUGGUGAAGUUUGCUGACACAGAUAAGGAGAGGACCCUCCGUCGUAUGCAACAAAUGGUGGGGCAGCUGGGGAUAUUCACUCCAUCUCUCACCUUGCCGUUCAGCCCAUACAGCGCCUAUGCGCAGGCUCUGAUGCAGCAGCAGACGACAGUUCUCUCCACCUCCCACGGCAGCUACCUGAGCCCAGGCGUCGCCUUUUCCCCUUGCCACAUCCAACAGAUUGGUGCCGUCAGUCUCAACGGGCUGCCAGCCACUCCUAUUGCACCAACAUCAGGGCUACAUUCACCGCCUCUCCUGGGAACAGCAGCCAUGCCAGGACUGGUGGCACCCAUUUCAAAUGGGUUCACUGGAGUGGUACCAUUACCAAAUGGCCAUCCAACCUUGGAAACAGUUUACACCAAUGGCCUUGUUCCCUACUCAGCCCAGAGCCCUUCAGUAGCAGAGACUUUGCACCCAGCCUUCACAGGAGUUCAGCAGUAUGCAGCUGUGUAUCCAACCACCACCAUUGCUCAGAGCAUCCCCCAGCCACCUCCCAUCCUGCAGCAGCAGCAGCAACGAGAAGGUCCUGAAGGCUGCAAUCUCUUCAUCUACCAUCUCCCUCAGGAGUUUGGAGACAAUGAGUUGAUGCAGAUGUUCCUGCCCUUUGGCAAUAUCAUUUCCUCCAAGGUAUUCAUGGAUCGUGCCACCAACCAGAGCAAGUGUUUUGGUUUUGUAAGCUUUGACAACCCAUCCAGUGCACAGACUGCUAUCCAGGCCAUGAAUGGCUUCCAGAUUGGCAUGAAGCGUUUGAAGGUCCAGUUAAAACGACCCAAGGAUGCUAACCACCCCUACUGACAGCAGUGAGCAAGCAGGAGUCACUUCUGCAGCACAGGUGAAGGGAAAGUCCAGAGGAAGAAUUUCUGCUUCAGGUUGAUUUACAGAGAGGCCAGUAAAUUUAUCAACUCUUUUGG